AUGGCAUCAUAUGUCAGGUUCUGCAUCUUCACAGUCUUCUUCUUCUGCUUCUUCUUGUCUCUGUCUUCUGGCCAGAAAGUCACCAUGAGUCUCUACUACGAAGCUCUAUGCCCCUUCUGUGCAGACUUCAUCGUUAACCACUUGCCUCAGAUCUUCCAAAACGGCUUAAUCUCUGCUAUUGAUCUCCACCUCGUUCCAUGGGGCAACUCCCAUUUCAAACCAGAUGGCACCAUUCACUGCCAGCACGGGGAAGCUGAAUGUGCGCUCAAUGCAAUUCAUGCCUGCGCAAUUAACGCAUACCCUGAUGUUAUGAAGCAUGUUGGAUACAUCCACUGUACGGAACGACUGGUCUUGGAAAACAAGCUCGAACAAUGGGCUGAUUGUUUCGAAUUGGUUGGUUUGAGUAGAGCAGCUCUUGAUUGCUACAUCAAUGGGUACGGACACCAGCUUGAACUCAAGUAUGCUGAAGAAACCUCGGAGCUUUCUCCAGCACAUGCAUAUGUGCCAUGGUUGGUUGUGAAUAACCAACCACUUCAAGAGAAUUACCACCACUUUGUAGUGUUUAUCUGCAAUACUUAUGGAAGCUUCCAGGUGCAUGAAGCGUGCAAAAACCUCAACCAUUCGGCGGAGACUCUAAGCACGUUUAAUAGUUCAAUGGAGAAGCUAAGUUAUAGUCCCCAAGUUUGCUAUGCCAAUCAAUAA